AUGACCCGCUUCCAACGCAUGUACGCUUUCGCCGCAGCACUCGCCUUUGCUGCCAAAAACGCUGCAGGCGCUUUCACGAUUGGCACUCCAUCUGGUCAAGGCGUCGGUACAACGGGAGGAGCUGGCGGAGAAGUCGUGUACCCCACUUCGAACGCCGAGCUUAUCGAAUACCUGAAUCACACCUUGCCAUUCAUCAUUGUGCUCAACCAAACCUUCGACUUUCGCGGCACCGAAGGUACGACCACUGAGAUUGGGCGCCGGCCGAUCAGAACUCGCCUGUGCAUGGAGCAGAACAACGGCUUCAAGGGCCAAGAUGCGAUCCUUCAGCGAGGUGGCAUGAGCAACACGGGCGGCUGCACCAACGGCACGGAGGUGAUGGUCACGUACGACAACGCUGGGAUCCAACGCGUGCUUGUGAGGGACAACAAGACCAUCCGUGGCAUUGGCAAGAACGGAGUGCUGAUCGGCAAGGGACUGACGCUGCAAAACAACAUCAUUGUCCAGAACAUCCAUAUCACGGAACUAAACCCACACUUGGUGUGGGGUGGCGAUGCCAUCUUUGUGCCGGGCUCUGACCAGGGAAAGACGGUGGGCACCAACGUCUGGCUCGAUCACGUGAAGGUGUCUCGAAUCGGCCGCCAAAUGGUCGUGACGAGCAGCGCUGGUGUAUCUGGAAUGACCAUCAGUAACUCGGAAUUCGACGGCAACACGGACUUUUCGAUGUCGUGCGAUGGACACCACACGUGGACCUUCUUGUUCUACGGAACAAACACGGCCGUCACCAUGCUCAACAAUGUCGUACGCGGGACCUCCGGUCGAACACCCAAAGUCGGCGGUGAGAAAGGUGACAAUGUAGUCGUGCACAUGGUCAACAACUGCUGGGGCAACAACACGGGUCAUUCCAUCGAUGUCGGCUUGAACGGACACAUUCUCGCUGAGGGCAACUUCUUCGACAACACGGCUCUGACCCUCCGGACCGGCAAACAGGAAGGCGCUUUGUAUGCAUUCAACCACACAGUUGGUGCUAACCUCUGCCCAAGCUACCUGGGUCGGCCGUGCGCGGAGAACGUCUUGGUCAAAAGCAGCCACUUAAAGUCGCGCAAUGGGCGCUUGGCUCUUGAGGCGAUGAAGACGUACCCUAACAUCGUCGACUACAUGUCGAAAACGACGCACCCUGUCAAUGCGCGCGACUUGGCCAACAUCUGGGCCCAGACGACCGAAAACUUUGGUGUUGGUAAGUUGUACCAAGUCCGUUGCGUAGUAUUCUGUAAACCGCGAUGGCGUUGA